GUAGUCUAUUCCAAACUGACGGCAUUAGAAUAUGAGAACAUCUAACGUGUAAUAUUUCUGCUGAUUAUCGCACGUUUUUAUCCAGUCUGCGUUUACUUUACAAUUAUUCUGAUUCUCUGCUAUCAUACCGUACAUAGUUUUCGCUGCAAUGGUUGCAUUCACAUCAUUUGACUUAUCGUUGACGAUUCUUCUUCUGAUUUUUAAUAUCCACCCUCGAACGGUUCAACUAACAUUUGCCUGGAACUUUUCGGACGUUGGACUUUCCCAAAAUGUACUUAUAUGGAGAUUUACGAUCUGGAGAAACAGAGCUUAUCUAGCAGUACCCAGAUGGGACGAAAAAUCUAAACCACAAUUCACGUUGCUCGAAGCUCCUUGGCCUGAAACCGCGCAAAUCAAUCGUUUGCAAGUCGGCGCGAUAAGUAGCGAAAUCGUUCCAUAUCCCGAUGCGAAAUCACAAGAAGAUGGAAUCUGCGAGGAUCUGCAAUCCAUAACCGGGAUAGACACGGAUUCGAGGGGACGUCUUUGGGUGCUAGACGCCCCGACACUCACCAAGUGUAAACCGAAAAUAGUGAUAUACGAUUUGCGCAGAAACGAAAAAGUCGCCGAGACAAAUCUCGAUGGGAUUUCUCCUCGUCAUUUAAAAUGCCUCGUAGUGGACCCCGUCCCAGGUCAAUGGGGUACUCAAGCCUACGUCAGCGACCCUGGAGACGAAAAUCUGAUCGUUUACAGUUUAGCCCAGAGAAGUUGGUGGAAAUUGAAACUGACGAAGGACGAAUCAUUUUUUCCUAAGAUAUUCACCACUGAUUUGGCAGUGUCACGUAAAAGUUCAAUUUUAUAUUUCACGGGUUACCAAUCAGACGAUUUGUUCGGCAUCGAUUUGGAACCCCUAAGAAACGGGGGCGGGUUCCUCAACUUCCUGAAAAAUGAUUCUUCGAUCGGAAACAGUUCGGUUUCCUGGAUCGGUUCAAAGUUGGGAUCGUCGUCCGGACUCUUCUGCGAUCUCCGGGAGGGUCUGCACUAUUUUAUGGUGACGGAAAUGGCUAGCGUCAGGUGGGACUCCAAGGAAAAAUUGGAGGCGGAGGGCCACUCGGUGAUCGUUCAGUCCGAGGCAGUUCCAUGUGUAACCGACUACGCCUUCGACUCGCAGAAAAACGUAUGGGCGAUCGCGAACGAAAGACAUCCGCUGAGAAAGGGCAAGGGAAGAACCGGGUACUCUAAAUACAACGGCAAAACCAAACGACGGACCGUCAAAGUCUGGAAAUACAACCCGUUCAUAUUCUGAACCGA